GAUAGUCCGCGAAAUUCCAAAUUUCGACCCACACGUGAAAUGGCUUUUAAAUUCAGUGAUGAACCUUCUCUUGAAAAAAUACGGGAGCUGCAACAAAAGUUUGCUGCAGACAGAAACUGGGGCCAAUAUCACACUCCCAGGAACCUGCUCUUAGCUCUGGUUGGUGAAGUUGGCGAACUUGCAGAGAUAUUCCAGUGGAAGGGAGAGGUGAAGGAAGGAUUACCAGAUUUUACAGACUCCGAGAAGGAGCAUGUGGGUCAAGAGAUGGGUGAUGUUAUGUUGUACCUUAUCCGACUAGCAGAAAAGUGUCACAUAGACCUGCCUACCGCUGUGCUGAAGAAAAUCAAGCAGAACGGUCAGAAAUAUCCCGCGGAUCAAGUUUAUGGAAAAAGUCACAAAUACACUGCAUAUCAGGGCAAUGGCGAUAACUCAAAGCAGACUUGAAACAGUGAAAAGUUUGUAAUAGUUUGCAGUCUUUUUGAUAAGAUAGAUUGUAUGUGAAUGUAAAAGACUCGAUAGUUAUGCACUAAUCUUGCUUUUCUCCAGUAUGAUGAAGAGGUGUUUAUAAUAUUCAAUGUGUUACAUCAAACGAAAUCAGUUCAACUUGCCAGAAAGAAACAAAGGCUUUUAUGAAGCUUGAUUGAGCAGUUCUAGAAUUUGUAUAUUUCUGGUUAUAAAUUUUCUGCAGUUUUUUAAGUGUAAUGCAAUUUUAGAAAUUUGGUUUUAUCAGUCUUUUCAAAAUGUUUUUAAUUGGCAGAAAUAGAUUUUUACAUAUAUAUUCAAUUGAGAAUUAAGAGUGUAAAUUUUCAGUACAAAGCUUUUUACAUUAUGAUGAAAUAGUAGACAAAUCUUUGAAUAAGCUUGAAUCAUUUGAACUUGCUAACCUCUAUAAUGAACAAUGCUAGGAAGAAUAUUUAUAAUAAAGAUUUAUCAUUAUUAUUGUUAUUAUUAUAAAAUGUGCUUGCUGUUCAGAGGUUAUUACUAGUAAGAAUUUCAAACAUUUUGGAUUGAAGGUGUUUACUCUGAGGUUUCACUGUAUAUCAAGUUAGUUUUACUGUUGCAAUAACUUUAUUGAUUUAGUUAUGAAGUUAAUAGUGAAGGAUAAAGGUAUGCAUUAUGAAUGAUAUAUUUUUAACAUUGAAAAUAUUUUUAAAUGUAAAUGCAAUACUUUGUGAUGUUUAUUUUAAAUGUGUUAUCGUAUCAGUUGAACAUCAAAAUAAAUUGCAUUCUUAUA